AUGCCAGCUCAACCUGAAGCUAGGCGAAGCAGCCGUUGCGGGAGGCCCGACCAGCCCAGCCCAGCCCAGCCCAGCCCAGCCCGACUCAAGUCGCUGCAUCUGCAGGGUGGCGGCAGCGCCUCCAAAACAUUGGCCGCUGAGCUGGCGGACAGUGCGACAUGGCGGUACUUUGACGAAAAUACCUACCCGCCAAGCCCCAAGUACCCUCUCUCGCUGCUCCCUUCCCUCUCGCCCCCCACCUUUUUUGCGCCCACCUUCUUGCGCAUUCAAACCUUGAACCAAUCUUUUCCCUUCAGACUCUCCCCCCUUUUGCCUCUUCAACAAUCUCCAGUCUCAGCUCACCUGACGCGAAUCUUCGUUCUUUCAUCAUCCGUCACGCCAGCCCAAGACUCAAGCCGCCUUUCCCAUAACCGCCUCCCAAGCCUCCGAGCCGCCGGCCACCAGCUACAAAAACCCUUCACAACCCCGCCGAGUCUUUCUCCCGCCAAAACACCUCAACCAGAUCGUCGCCUUUUCGCAGCCGCCGGUCCAAACCCUCUCCUCUCACCCAAACACCUUUUUCCCACGAGACACCCCGGAACAUCCGAGUUUAUGUCCAUCGAAAAUCUCAAGACCUUCGACCCCUUCGCCGAAGCCGACGACGACACCGGUGAUACCAAAAAGGUCGAGAAUCACAUCCAUAUCCGUAUUCAACAGCGCAAUGGUCGCAAGUCUCUGACCACUGUCACUGGUCUUCCUGCUAAGUUCGAUCCCGGCAAGAUUCUGACCUUCUUCAGGAAGGAAUUCGCUUGCAAUGGCAACAAGGUCAAUGACGAAAAGGCUGGCGAGGUGAUCCAGCUUCAAGGUGACCAACGCAAGAAGGUCAUGGAUUUCCUCGUUGACAAGAAGGCCGGUCUCGGUCUCAACCCCGAUAACAUCACCGUUCACGGUGCUUAA